AUGAGCUACAAGUACCUCCACGACGGUAAGGAACAUUUUAUUAAUGGAGUUGGCACCGAAUUGGCGUGGGGCUGGUCCCCUGCUAUUGACUUUACGGAGAUUUUGGAGCGGCGAGAGAAACACGCAACUGAUGACACCGAAUAUGUUGCUGAGGAGACCAAAGAAGAGCCAGAAGAAGGCAAAACAACGAAUGGGGAUAAUGUAAAAAAGGACAGAAAAUUUGAUCUGGAUAUUGAUGCCAUGAUUGCGGCGAUACAACAACGCAUACCGAAAGAGAAGAAAGAUGAAGGCAGUAGAGACGUUGUGCGUGUUCUCCUCUGUGGGGCAUGUGAUAUUAGACACAUAUUCCGCACGCUUUCGAGUCUACAAGUCAAGUCAAAAAUGGCCGCACAACCGCCUCCCGUCUAUCAUUUCUUCAUUUACGAGCCCAAUCUGCGGAUACAUUGCCGUUACCUUUUUUUUUUACAGUGGCUGCUAGAUAGCAUGUUUUCCCUGGAUGAGCUGGAGGAGCAAGUGCUGAUGUUUUUGGAUGUCUUUGGAAACGCCCUGACUCGCGACAUCACCUCUGCACAGAGUCGAAGUGUGUCCCAGCGACUGUUACGUGUGCUUAGAAACGAGGAGGGUGAACUUGCCCGGCUUGUCUCAUUCACGGAGAUGAAGUCCAAGGAACGUGAUUUUGUGGAGGAGCAAAUUGUGCAUUGGGCCUUUGA